AUGGCGCAAGAUCCUAGAGCUCUGCUGCAAAAGGCAGACAAAGCAGCUUCGGGCGCUUCAGGAGGAUUCAGUUUAUUCGGUGGCAGGCAAGAGAAGUGGGAGAACGCAGCAGAUCUGUACACACAGGCUGCAAACGCAUUUCGCAUGCAAAAGCUCAACAAAGAAGCCGGGCAAGCCUUCGAAAAAGCCGCCGUUAUCCAGACGAACAAUCUCAAAGAACCAGACGAUGCCGCCAACACCCUGACCGAGGCCUUCAAAGUGUACCGCAAAACAGAUCCCGAAGACGCUGCGCGCUGUCUCGAUGUUGCGAUUAACCACUACACGAUGAAGGGGAACUUCAGGAGGGCGGCGACGCACAAGCAGAAUCUGGCGGAGGUAUACGAGACGGAGAUUGGGGAUCCGAAGAGGGCGAUUGAGAGCUACGAGUUGGCAGCGAGUUGGUUCGAGAAUGACAAUGCGGAGGCGUUAGCAAACAAACUCUACCUCAAAGUCGCCGACCUCGCCGCCCUUGAAUCCGACUACUACAAAGCCAUCUCGCUCUUCGAGAAAGUGGCCGCCUCCUCCGUGUCCAACAACCUCAUGAAGUGGUCCGUCAAAGACUACUUCCUCAAAGCCGGCCUGUGCCAUCUUGCUUCCGGCGAUCAGGUCGCCUCGAACCGCGCCUUCGAGAAGUACCGCGACAUGGACCCGACGUUCCCGAGCCAGCGGGAGCACCAGCUGCUUGUGGAUCUGUACGAGGCGGUGGAGCAGGGCGACCAGGAGGCCUUUGCCGACAAACUGUUCCAGUAUGAUCAGAUGAGCAAGUUGGAUAAGUGGAAGACGGUUAUCUUGUUGAGGAUCAAGGAUGCGAUUGAGGAGAAGGGCGAGGACUUUUCUUAG